GACGAGUGGCGCUCGCCGGCUCGGGGCGGGAGUCCCCUCGCCGACGAGGCGCCAUCGAGCAGCCGGCGGCACAAGCGCAACGGCCACGGAGGAGGGGCAAAUGCGGCGGUGCACGGGCGCAAGGACGGACUGCGGGGAGGGCACGGGGGCCAGCAGGGCAGAGCGGUAUCAGGCGAGCCGUGGUGCCACCGGGUAGGACUUCUACAUGAGCUUUGAGCAGAUCGGCUGGGAUGCCUGGGUGAUUCAGCCGAAGAGGUUCAACGCGUACCGCUGCGAGGGCCCGUGUCCAUCCCCUGUGGGUGAGCGCUUCCAGCCCACCAACCAUGCGUACAUGCAGAGCUUGCUGAGGUUCUUCAAGCCCGACAAGGUGCCACCGCCGUGCUGCAUUCCCACACGCCUGAGCUCGCUGAGCAUUCUCUACCACGAGGAGAACACUGUGCGGGUCAUGCACCACCGCGACAUGGUGGUGGAGGAGUGCGGGUGCCACUGACGGCGGAGGAUGCGUCAGUGUGAGCGCGCGCGCGCGCGCAAGCGCGUGCGUGUGCGUGCGCGUGCUUGGGAACCUUUGUCCCACGGAUGUUGUCACGGUCGGUGGGGCGCAUUUUGAGUGGAAGAGUCGGGAGCAUGGGGUUGCUCACGUUUGCGUUGCGCUCCCAGCUCGCGUUUCUGUUCGCUCGGCCACGCUGUCCUCGCGGUCACUUCGCCCGGGGUUUUCAUCUGUCCAUUUUGUUUGUAUUCGAGUACAGCAAACCCUUGCCCGUCGCGGGCGGGGGGGUUGUUGAAAAUAGCUGCAUUCGGCAAAUCCGCUAUCUGCAAACUCAAAGGCAAAUCUGAAAACGAGGAUUUGGUUCAGCGUUCAUAGUACGACUCCUCUUGUUUUAUGUUAACCAACAUCAGGAGCCGGCAACCAAAAUAACAAGAGUAUUUUUUUUCGAAGAGUCGCAACGCACGUGGUGAAUACGAGACGGUGGCCCUUAAUAAAUAACAUCACGAAGCAGUCCUCAAAGAGCCGCAUGCGGCUCCGGAGCCGACCCCUUGCCCUACAUCAACCCAAACACUCAAUAGGAAGUAGUUUGAACGUAAAAUCGAAUUGAAUUUUUCUCCAGUUCGAUAUAACUUUUUACGGUAAAUGUAUAUAAUGAGAACAAUUGAUGUAGUGUAUACAACGCUGCGCACAUAUCCGUGACCAGUAUUGUGCACACUACAGGAAGACAAAUAGUAUGGCUGAACCUCGCGGGGCCUCCUCACUGGAGGCUGGGAACACCGCAUGGCCUGGGACAAGAGGGGCGCCGCGUUUGUUCAGACGCGGCAGCAUCGCCGCGAGC